UAUAGGAACGAGGGAAAGUCCUAUCCAACUUGUAUAAAAAUAAUGACUCUCAGGCAAGAGAAUUCAGAAACAGACUUCAGACUAACAGAGUAACUUCUUGGUUGAGUUUAACUGAAGCAUUUAUUUCAAAGAUGGCUCAUUGUAAACUGUUUAUUGUUGCUGUGGCAUUGCUUCUAACUUUGAACAUGUUCAGUGAACAAGUAUCAGCACAAUAUCAAGACUGCUGCAUGUCCUAUUCCAAAAAGCCAUUGCCAUGCCGAGGGAUUCGGGGAUACUCAAUACAGUCUGUCAAGGAUCUGUGCAAUAUUGAAGCAGUAAUUUUUCACACCAUUAGAGGCAAGAAUAUAUGUGCCGACCCUGCUCAGAAAUGGGUGAUGGACCGAAUCUCAUGCCUUAAUAACAGGGUGAAGAGAAUGGCCUAAACAGAAGUCCAAGACUCACGCUGCCAAGCAAAAACUAGAAAAGUUAUUUAAAUGAAUAUGUAACUAUAUUUUAUGUUUAUUAAUUUAAUAUAAAUGCUUUACAAUGGUUUUUUUUUAAUUGUAUACAAAAUGUGUAACAAUAUCUUACUUUGUUAAGGUUUAAAAUAUUUAAUAUAAUCUGUGCUAUAUUUACAUACAUUUAUGCCUUGAAUUAGUCAGAUGAUCUUGAGAUGUGUAUGUCUAUGGAUCUUCAAAUUGAAAAUCCCUAUGUAUUGUGCUGUGUAAAUGUGAAAAGGAAACUUCAUGUUAAAACUCUAAAAUUAUUUGAAUUUAUAUUUAUAUUAUUUAUAUUACUAAAUUAUAUGUUUUUUUCUGUGCUGGAACAAAUAUGUAUCUAUUAGCUAUUGUCUCAUAAAGCAUAUUGCUUUGUUUAACAAAAAAUGUGAAGUUUUAAAAACUUAAUAAGUGUGUCCUCAGUGGUUUAUAUCCACUCACUAUUGUGGAAUGCAUAUCUGCUGUGCAGUACUGAAUUCCUGUUGAAUUCAUUUUCAUCCAACAUUUUCUGCUAAUAAAUUCUAAAAUAUGUAAAUACUGUAUUGCUGUAUAUUGCUUUAUUUUCCCAAACAAAACAAGAUGAUUCUUUCAAAAGCUUGGGAAAAUCCUUUUUUUCUCAAUUUCUGAUCACUGUUAUGAUGUUGUGACUGGGUGGAUGGUCCCUAUUUUUACUUAG